AUGGAGGGUGCUAUCUGGAAAGAGACAGGUGGUAGGAAAGGACAAGGAACUGGGAAAAAGACCCCUGAUAUGAAGUCAACGAAAGGGUCGGUUGUCCUGGGCUACGUAUUUCGUCACUUAAACCUACUGGAGAUAGAUUACUUCGGACUGCGCUACUGUGACCGAAGUCAUCAAACGUACUGGCUGGAUCCUGCAAAGACCCUUGCUGAACAUAAAGAAUUGAUAAACACUGGACCACCAUACACUUUGUAUUUUGGCAUUAAAUUCUAUGCAGAAGAUCCGUGUAAACUUAAAGAAGAAAUAACAAGGUAUCAGUUUUUCUUGCAGGUCAAGCAAGAUGUUUUACAGGGUCGCUUGCCUUGUCCAAUCAACACUGCAGCACAGCUGGGAGCAUAUGUAAUUCAGUCUGAGCUGGGGGACUAUGACCCGUACAAGCACACUGCAGGCUACGUCUCGGAGUACCGCUUUGUUCCAGACCAGAAGGAAGAGCUGGAGGAUGCCAUAGAGCGGAUACACAAAACUCUGAUGGGUCAAUCCCUGGAAAUGUAUGGAGUAGAUCUCCAUCCUGUUUAUGGUGAAAACAAAUCUGAAUAUUUUUUAGGAUUAACACCCAUAGGAGUUGUUGUCUACAAGAAUAAAAAACAAGUAGGAAAAUAUUUCUGGCCUAGAAUUACAAAAGUUCACUUCAAGGAAACACAGUUUGAACUUAGAGUCCUGGGAAAAGAUUGCAAUGAAACUUCCUUCUUUUUUGAAGCACGUAACAAGAUCACAUGCAAACAUCUGUGGAAAUGCUGUGUAGAACAUCAUACAUUUUUCAGAGUGCCAGAAAAUGAAUCAAACUCUCUGUCAAGAAAAUUCAGCAAGUUUGGAUCCAUAGGUUACAAACAUCGGUACAGUGGCCGGACAUCUUUGCAAAUGACCAGAGACCCUUCUGUGCAGCUCCCGCGGCCUGACCAGUGCAUUGAAAGAAGCCGCAGCAAGACUUACCCCAAAAGAGCACAACAGACCGGAUCUAAGAACAUGAGCCAGAUUACAACAAAUGGGGAAAAUGAAGGAACUACCAAAAUUAUUGCACCUUCCCCUGUGAAAAGCUUUAAAAAGAUGAAAAAUGAAAACAGUCCAGAAACCCAAAGAAGUAAAACAAGCGCACCGUGGGAGGAAAAUGGCCCACAGAGUGGGCUGUAUAAUUCUCCCAGUGACCGCAAUAAAUCACCAAAGUUUCCUUACUCUCGGCGACGAAACCCGUCAGGUGGCAGCGAGAAUGAGUCUGGGCAGCCAGUCCGGAGGAGAUCACGGUCUCGCUGUAACACCAGCAGUGGCAGUGAAUCAGAAAAUUCUAACAGAGAGCAUCGGAAAAAGAGAAACAGAUUACGGCAAGAGAAUGACAUGGUUGACUCAGCUCCUCAGUGGGAAGCUGUACUACGGCGACAAAAGGAGAAAAACCAGGCGGAUCCAAACUACCGGCGAUCCAGGCACAGAUCUCGAUCGAGAAGCCCAGAUGUACAAGCUAAAGAAGAACUGUGGAAACAUAUUCAGAAGGAGCUUGUGGAUCCCUCUGGCCUGUCUGAGGAGCAAUUGAAAGAAAUUCCGUACACUAAAAUAGAGACUCAAGGCGACCCGAUCCGCAUUAGGCAUUCACAUUCCCCUCGAAGCUACCGUCAGUAUCGGCGGUCCCAGUGCUCUGACGGUGAAAGAUCUGUCCUGUCUGAAGUGAAUGCAAAAACUGAUCUGGUGCCUCCACUGCCUGUUACACGAUCUUCAGAUGCUAGAGGUCCCAGCAUCCAGUUGACUCAACAGAGACAGAACGGCUCUAAAGACAGCCUAAUAGAAGAAACAUCUCAGCUAUCUGCUAACAUUGAUGGAAAAUCCACCAGUAAGAUCGUAAAAACUGUACAGGUGUCACGCUUCAAGGUGGAGACUUGACUGCCGUAACUGAAGAUGGUGAAUGGAUUUUAUUCUUUGGAAACUGAGAAUUUGUGUGUGUGUGCAAGGGAAGGAACUGAAGUCGACAUGGUAGCAAUUUCUUCAGGACACUCCGAAGCGCAGACUGCUUGCUGGGAAGGCCAAGCAAUGCUUUUAUCACCGACACUGUUCUAGUGGUGUGACUGAUCGAGGAGAAGCUGCCUAAUUAGACAACCAAAAAGAAAAGUCGUAGUAAAACUGAAUGAUCAGCAGUUACAUUUCCAAAAAAUGAACAAAAAAAAUUGCUGCAAGAAAACAGGCUUUAUGGUCUGGUCUGUAACUGAAUAGCCUUCUUCCAAAAAAUGACUGUUAACUGACAUGAUCAGGACCAGAUGCUUCAAGAGAAGCAAAAUAGUCGUAUUUUUGGCCAAUUGUGCAAUACAGUGUGAUAUGGGGAGAAUUAUCUUCACAAUUUUAUAUGGGGAUCAACUUGUGUCCUGAGACAUAAGGACUGAUAGCUCUUACAAGGUUUAUUUUAACCUAGCACAACAGAUGCUCGUGUUGUUAGUACAAAUGUUGACUCAACCUGUUUUAGCUCAAAAAUAAUAGACUCAGUAACACCCUGUAGCAGAGAGUUCCAGAGGUGGUACAGACUUAUUUUCCCUUGGCAGUUUUAAGUGUUCUCAAGUUUGAAUGUCCUUUCAUGUAAAGGGACUAUUUAAUUGAACAUUCCAUAUCAUAGAAAUGCAUCCAUCUAUCACCUUAUAGUAAACCACACUGGAAAAAAACCUGGAGAAUGUGUACUGACUUACUGUAUUAAGACUGCUUAGCAAGACACUUAAGUACUGGUUAAAUGAAACUUGUAGAGUAGGAUUUAAGACAGGUAGCAAAUAGCCUUUUUUUUUUUUAAAAAAAACUAGAUUAGCAAAGUCUGCCUUAAUCUCUUUUCAUAUGAAAUAAUCAAUGCUAGUACCUUGCUAUACUUUUCUCUGAGCCAUUUCUACUAUGAUAAAAUGACAAAGGCAGUAUUUCAGGUAUGAUAAUUGCAAUUUUUUUUCUAUUGUCAUGGUAGUAAUAGUAAGUUUUAAUGAUGCUGCACAUUGAGUGGGUUAUCUUCUAGUAUGUAUCUGAAGUGAUGCCUAGCUCUUCUCCUGUCCUGUCACUUUGUACAAAUAGCUGAAAUAAUUCCUCCGCCUCCCAUUUGUCCACAGUCAGUACAUGGAUGAGCCUUCUGGCGUUGCUAACUUAUUAAGAAGCUUAUUAAAAUCUUUGUGUUGUGAAAGUAACUCUUGCUAAGUGUAAUCCCCAAACUAAAUAUUGAAUUUGUCAAACAGUAUUGGAAAUGCCUGUAGUAGUUCAUGUGUCUUUUUACAUCUGUCGUCCUUAAACUCAACCCCCACCACCUUCAGCGAUUGGCAGUGAUCCUGUGUUUUCUACCCCUAGCAACACCAUACCAGGGGACUGUAGCCCUGUCAGAAGAGCAAUACUGUUUGAGAACUGGAGUGAGCAUAAGGCAUCUAACUUAUGCUUUACAAGAGGUGUGGGAUUACUAAUACACAUUUUAACUAACAAAACUGAGAAGUGAAACCUUGUAUGAUGUGUUUUAUUUUCCACUUCAUUUUUUUUGAUUCUUUGUUGUUUCAUGGUCUGAGGUGGUCAGGUGGAUGCUACUAGCCAGGAUGGUAGCCAUACAGUUUGUGUAUUCCUAUCACAGUAUGGAUUGGUCUGCAGGUUGGGAGAUGCUGCAUCAUGACAGGGAAGGCAGAUUCAUUUCAUAAGUAUUUUUAUUUGAUCACUUAUUUUGGACAGUUCUGCUUCUUCAGUCUCAGUGAACAAAUCUAAGGGAAAGAAAGACCUUAGAACCCCUCUGUGAUAAAAAUUCUGUUUUCAUGGAGGUUCUUCAGCAUUUUCUGAAUUUACUAUGGAUUUCAUCCUAGGACAUUGUUGGGCUUGGCUUAAAGUCUUUGCUCAAACUGUUUUGUAAGUCUGUUAAAUGGUUUCAUUGUCAUUGCUCCAAUUUAAAGUGAUCCUUUAGGAUCUAUUUAUGAUGACCUUGUGUAGUAUUCUCACAAGCACCAGUUAAAAAAACAAACAAACAAAACACAACACAAAAAAAAACCCAUCACUGCUGCAAAGAUUGUGGUGAUACAGAUUAAUCUAGAGCAUCACAAUAUUUUGGGAGACUACUGAAAUACGACAAACCACACAAGAACUGGUUACAGUGUCUGCAAUGAAAGCCACUCCUUAUUUCUUCAAGGUGUUCCAAGCUGGAGCAUUAUGCACUUGCUUGUAGUUUGUUGCUUUCUAAAUCAUUACCAUUAUUCUGCAUUCCUUACUCAGGCACAGGCAAGUAGAACAUACCUACUACUUUAGGAGGAUUUGUGUUGCUAUUAUUUGAGAAUUAUCUGUACCUAGUGUCCGUAUCUUGCCAAUCGUCAGGUAUUGAUCAAGAAGAAAACUACUUGUAAGGUUUAUAUCCAACCUCAUGUUUUCCUGUAUGUUGUCAUGUGCCUAUGGGCUUUUGUGUAUUAUUGCUGGAUACCAUCAGCCAAGUGUGUGGUAUUUUACUUAUCCACUACAUCAGAAAAUAGGCUUCUAUCUAGUCUAAUAUUGAUAGGUUUCAAUUCUCAAGUCACAGGAGAGUUGUUUCGUAAUCAAGCCAACUUUUUUGCAUUUAAAUGAGAAAUUUACAGAAAGAGUUGCGGAUUUGAGUUAGUGGUCUUAUCUCCAAUGAGACUAUGUAGGAAACAGGCUUUAGCAAGCCUUUGUCCAAAAGAAAGACUAAGCUUAACGCCUGUAUUACAUGUUAAGCAUUAGUGGCAGAACAAGGCAAAACUAGGACAAGGAUGUCAUUGUCAGCUAAUAGUACAGAAACUUCUUCCAUAUACGUGAGCUUCCUUUCCCUUCAAGCUUCUUUUCCUCAAUCAUUUGAGGAAAGGCACCUUUUCUUGUGAUCUUGUUAUUUUUAUGUGAGAGAAACCUACAAGUGAUCGCUGAAAGCACUUUUACUGUGCCAUAGCUAUGCUCUGUAGCCCUAAAACAGCCCUAAAACACCUGCAAGUGGCUGGCCUCUCACAACUCUGAGCUACACCUUGCCCUUUCCACUGUUGCUACCCUUCCCCGGCUUUCUUGGGGCUUUUACUGCCUAGAAGCAAGUUAUGUUUUCAGACCUGGGGUUUGGAUGUCAGUCCAAAACGCUUGUACCUCCUGAUGAGUCAGACAAAAGACAGCUGUAUAACCGUGUCAGGCAAAGUUCACCCUGGGGUUGGAUGCCAUACAGACCUGUCCUCACAUGGACAAAGGACUGGUAUUUGAGACGUUCUCAUCCUAAUUCUGCUUCUAGUCUGCUGAAUGUCUCUCAGGCCACCAACUUUAACUUUGCCUCUGCAUUUAGCUCUUCUGAGACUUCAGUAAGUGCUAAGAAUAGGUAAGUUAUGGAACUCUCUCACUUAUUAAUUAGCAACACCUACAACAUAGAUAUACCUCUUUGCAAGACAUUUAUUUUAUACAAUAAAGAGGGCUUGCAAACCACACUGCAAAAGCAUUUUUGUAUACCCCAUGUUAGUCCCCUUGCUUGUUAGCUAGUUUCUUUCAUUAGGAGCUAGCCUUGACCUGCUGUUUUCUACACUGCACUUUUUACCAAUAUCCAUAACCUUGCAACUUGUAUUCUAAUCAAGCUCAUUAUAUUGAAGACGUUUUGGGGGGGGGGGGGGGGAGCCACUACCAUUUAAGUUGCCAAAUC